AGCAGAUCGCGUCAGAGUCAGUAGGUUUUGGAACGCCGCUGAGCGCAGCUGCACAUUAGUCGAAAACGUUUAGUUUAGUUAGUCGGAACAGGCAAUUAGCUAAAAACAACAACUAGAACAACAGCAAGCAGUCGAAGAAGAAGAAGAAGCAGCAGCAGCAACAUGGCGGUCUUUGGCAUGGUUUCGGCUGUGUCCAGCUUCAUCAAGAUACGAUAUCUGCUGGACAAGGCUGUUAUCGAUAACAUGGUAUUCCGAUGCCACUACAGGAUUACAACAGCCAUACUAUUCACCUGUUGCAUUAUCGUAACCGCUAACAAUCUGAUUGGUGAUCCUAUCAGCUGUAUCAACGAUGGCUCUAUUCCCAUGCACGUGAUCAACACAUUCUGCUGGAUUACGUAUACGUUCACGAUACCCGGCCAACAGCAUCGAAGGAUUGGAACAGACGUCGCCGCACCCGGUGUCAGCAAUGAUUAUGGCGAGGAAAAGCGUUAUCACAGCUACUAUCAGUGGGUGCCCUUCGUGCUCUUCUUCCAGGGACUAAUGUUCUAUGUGCCGCAUUGGAUCUGGAAGAAUAUGGAGGACAACAAGAUACGCAUGAUAACCGACGGUCUGCGCGGCAUGGUCACUGUGCCCGAGGACUAUCGCAAGGAUCGUCAGGAUCGUAUCAUCAAAUACUUCAUGGACAGCCUGAACUCGCACAAUGGCUACUCGUUUGCGUAUUUCUUCUGCGAACUCCUUAACUUUAUCAAUGUGAUUGUGAAUAUCUUUAUGGUGGAUAAGUUUCUGGGCGGUGCUUUCAUGUCCUACGGUACGGAUGUGCUUAAGUUCUCCAAUAUGGAUCAGGAUGUACGCUACGAUCCCAUGAUUGAGAUCUUUCCCCGUCUCACCAAGUGUACGUUCCACAAAUUUGGUCCCAGUGGCAGUUUGCAGACACACGACACACUCUGUGUGCUCGCCCUUAACAUUCUCAACGAGAAGAUCUACAUUUUCCUGUGGUUCUGGUUUAUCAUAUUGGCUACCAUUUCUGGCGUUGCUGUGAUCUAUUCGCUGGUGGUUAUCAUGAUGCCAACCACUCGCGAGACCAUCAUCAAACGCUCUUAUCGCUCUGGUCAACGCAAGGAAAUCGCUGGCUUGGUCCGUCGCCUUGAGAUUGGCGACUUUUUGAUCUUGCACUUCCUUAGCCAGAAUCUCAGCACACGAUCGUACAGCGAUUUGCUGCAACAACUCUGCGGUUUGCUGGGCGCCUCACGCACACCCUCCGCCCCCUCGACACUCGAAAUGAACCCCAUCAGCCACCCCAUAUAUCCACCCGUUGAGGGUUUCGGCGGCAAGGAGACCGAGACAUAGACACGAAUGUGGCGCUAAUUCAAUGAUUUCAAUGAUUUCUCAAUAAUAUUUGUAAACAGAGGAUGUGACCAGAUUUAGGAGGAAUGUUUUUGUAGGUGUUUUUUUUUUAAUGUUUAGCAGCGUUCUAGGCUUUCCAUCAUAAUCUAAGACUGUUUUCAAGUGAAA